GCCCACUCCAUUAUCAAUAGAACGUUACAGAUCAAUUCCGAUGGAUACUUACUGAAACUUAAGUUGUCUCUCGUUAAUGCGAAAUUAACUAUAAAAUUGACAGGAAUUAUGGUAAAAUGUACACUUUUUUAAAUUUCAUCUGUUCAAUCACCAUAUACCAUUAAAUGCGGAUGGUCACUUUAAUAAAUAUUUUUUUAUCUUAGAUAAAAUAAACAACUCCUGCUUGUUUGUAUUGAUUAGAUUUAGCUACAGUCAUGGAACCAAGAAAGUUUGGCUUUCUCAACAGAACAACAUCUGGAAGUAAGACCCUGUUGAAAUUCACCGCUAAAACCAACAUGAAGAAACAUGCUCUGUGUAAAAAUGAUAUUGCAUUGAAUACCCUAAUUGAAACUACAGAAACAACGGCAUUAAAUUCAAGUGAGAAAUCAACAUCGGCAGCAACAUCAGGUUCAGGCGACAGCGCAUUAAUAUCUCCACAAAGUUCUACUUCGACCAGUUUUAUAAUCAGUUCAAUGAAUAGUUCCACAAUGAAAAGCGCAAAAAAUAUAAAAUCCUAUAAUUAUGGAAUCCCUAUUGGAGUAUCGGUUGCCACCUUCCUAAUAAUUAUUGGUGCUGUUAUAGCAGUUAUUUUAACAAAGAGACGAGGGAAAAUGCCGAUCGUGUUUUGUAACAUCUUUUCAUCUGAUAUAACGUCAAAAUGCACAAUGGAUACAUCCUUAAUCGUCAACAAUGUAUAUGAAGGCCAUUCUGAUUCUCCUUAUGAACAGAUUGAUAAGGUAUUACCGCGAACAAGCAAUGUCGCAGUAAAUGAUGUGCAGGAAGACAACGAAAAUUAUGCACAGGUUAGCUUUAAUCUUAAACAAAAUGCAACUAAGACAAUUGGUGACAUGGCCGAUAUAGGAUUAGAGCAGGAUAAAGGGGCGUAUAACACAUUGAAGUUGCAUGUAAAAUAAGGAGAUAGCUUUGACGCUACAUACGAUACAGUAGAGAAAGCAGCUAUGAAGCUGAAAACCCAACAUGAUACAGUGAACAAAUCAGAUGAAAAGUUAACAAUUAAAGAAACAGAUGAAAAUCCAUACAAUCAUUUAAACGAAAAACUACUGAAAGACUGCAAAACAGAUAAUGCCUAUGGUGUAACGCAAGAUAUUAAAAAAAAGGAAUAUAAUGGAUAUUCUAGAACAGGUCAUGAAAAGUGUCUCAAGGAUGAUGAAGACAUGAACAAUUAUACAAGCAGACUACAGGUUGAUAAAGACACGUUCAAUCAAUCAAGCAUACUUCAGGAUGUUGCAUCUACGUACAAUCAUAAAGACACGAUUCAAGAUGUUAAAGACACGCACACUCAAACAAACAUGCUUCAGGAUGUUGAAGACACGUACAAUCAUACAAAGGCACUUCAAGAUGUUGAAGAAACGUACAAGCAUGCAAAGAAACUUCUGGAGGUUGAAGACAUGCACGAUGAUACAAAAACACUUAAAAAUGUUGAAGACACGUUCAAUCAUACAAUCACACCCCAGGAUGUUUGAUGUAACGUACAAUCAUACAAACGCACUUCAGGAUUAUGAUGACACUUGUAUUCAUACACACGCAAUUCAGAAUAUUAAAGACACUGGAAAGCAUAAUUUAGGGUGCUUCAUGACAAGUGCAAUAACAGUAAGAUAUUUCAGUUUGUUGGAGACACAUUCAAAAAGAAAACUGACAUUGAUAUGUUUAUACACAUUUAAUAAAUAUACAAUUAUCUUCACGGUGUUGAAUACACUUAUUACUAUAUGAAAAGGAAUAGAUAAACUAAAUCAAAUAAAUGUGUUUAUAUUUACAGAUGGCAGAAUAUACCGGUAAAAUUUUUGCAUUUGACGUAUCGCUUGUCAUGGAAUGAUUCUAAAUUACAAAAUGAUUUCAAAGUAUACAAUUCCCCGUGCUGGUUAUAAAUUUAAACAUGCAACGGAUGCCAAUCAGUUAAGCAAAUUUUAACUUUUAAAUUAGUAUUUCUAAAGAAAAUACAGAUUUUUCAGAACAAAAUAUAUUAUGUAUUAAACUAUAAUAAUACUUUAAUAAUAUAAUGUAUCUUCCUUUUACAUGUAAACGUAUUUGCUGUACAUUUCAUCUUUUAUUAAUGUUACAUUUUAUACAAGUAAAGACAUUAUCCGGUGAAAUAUAUAUUUAUUGUUCUCUUCAUGUCUAAAGACAAUAAAUCCAUUUAGCUUUGGUCUUUUCUUCUUUCGAACUCUACAUAUAUUUAAAAUUUUCAAAAUUGGUCUAGUAGGUUAAAUGAUUCAAGCAGAGCCUCAUUGUAUAAAUAUAUUGCUAAUCAUGGUUUUCAGUCGUACUUAGAUAUUGUUGUUAUUAAUAAAUAUCGUAUCAAUUUGUCACGUUUACGCCUAUCUUCGCACAGAUUAUGUAUAGAGACUGGUCGGUGGACCAGGCCUACGAGCACACCAGUUAAUGAAAGGAAAUGUAAUAUAUGCAAUAUACUUGAAGACGAGUACCAUUUUGUCUUAGAAUGUUCUUUGUAUCAUGAUUUGAGAAAAUAAUUCAUCCCAAAAUAUUACUGGAAGCGACCAAAUAUGCAAAAAAUUAUAGAAUUGGUAAUGAACGGUAAAAAGCAAAUCCUUAAGAAUUUAUCAUUGUAUACUGAAAAGGCUUUUACUUUGAGAAAAACUGUAUUAUAUGGUAAUUAAUGCUUUGAAUGCUAAAAUUACUUCACUGUAAUAAGAAAUGCAGUAUUUAGUGUGUAUGCUUUCAUGUUAUUAUCGAUUUGAUAUGGUAUAUUUUUAUAUAAGUAAUAAUGUAGUGUAUGACGUGUUUGAAUAAUUAUACCCUAUUAUGUAAACCUCACUUUUUUAAAUGAGAUAAUAAUUGUUAAAUAAAAUGAUACCUUGUGUUGAAGUGUCACAACUUUCGUUUCGGGUGAUACUUCAAAUUAAGGGUGUAGUCACAUAUUAUACGCAUUUUAUGGGCUCAUCAUUAUUACGCUUUUAAGUUCAAUUCAAAUCAAAGUUUUACCACUUUAGUUCUUUCGUUAUUUGUCGGUAAAGCUGGAAUACUCAAACAGUUCGACAACAUUAAAAAAAAUAUAUAUAUAUAACAGCAAAUGCGAUUAUUAUACAAAAACAAUAUUCAAAACGUGUAAUUUGUUAGUCUCUAUUCUUAUGCAUGAUACGGUUUUUAUUCAGAAUCAGAAUUGUAUGGGUUUUUGAAGCAAAAUAGUUAUAUUAAUGAUUACAACAAUAUAUGAGUAGAUAAUAUAUGACACAUAAUUAGAUACUCUCACUAAUCAAAAAUUUGAUAAAUCAUAUUAUAAAUACGCCUCAGUGCAUGGGAGAUAACACAAAUUAAUGUGUAAUUUGCGUUUCAUGUAUAGUUUUGUCCCUUUUCUAUUGAAAUUUAUGAACACAUAUAUAUAAGAGACUAAA